AUGGGAUUGAUAGAUCUUGGUUUUCAAGGCGAUCCAUUUAUAUGGACCAAUCACCAGAAGGACGAGAAUAUUAUCAUGGAACGUCUAGACAGAGCCAUGGCAAAUCAAAGAUGGAGAACAACAUAUCCUCAUGCAGCAGUCACUCAUCUUCCGUGCAUAGCUUCGGUUCAUGCACCUAUCCUCUUAAGGACAAAGCACUUAAACUGGAAAAAUGAGAGGAAUUACAAAUUCGAACACCUCUGGCUAUCUCACCCCAACAUACAUCACAUUGUCAAUGGAUCCUCAGAAAGAGAGUCUGAUGAUGAGUUGGUAGUUCGACAAUGCUCCCAGCCAGAACCCGUAUCUACAUUGGGUCCGGAUACCUCCCAACACUAUAUGACUGAUUUGACAUGGGAAACCAAGGAUGACAUCAAGGAAUGGCUUAUCCCUAAGGCAAAAAGAGAAGAUGUGUGUGGUUGUUCAAAGUAG